GAUCUCUACAACAGCCAAAAGUGUGGGAGAGAAAGGAGAGAGAGAGACAUAACACAACACAACACAGCAAAAGGUUGUCUCUUUUCUUAAUUGCUCUUCUUCUUCUUCUUCUUCUUGUUUCUUGUUGUUCAUGGAAAGUGCAAGAGAGAACUCGUCCUCGCCCACGGGCCAAGGGGUGAAUUUCUCGGCCCCGAGGGGUUUCGGGGCGAAACUCCGAUCGAAGUGCAAGGAAACGUUUUUCUCGGACGAUCCAUUCAAGCCGAUAUCCGAAGAGCCCAACAAUGCGAUCAAGGCGAAGAAGACGUUGGAGUAUUUCGUGCCCAUCUUCGAAUGGUUUCCGAAAUACGAUCUUAAAAAGCUCCGGUACGAUAUCCUCGCCGGUAUCACCAUAACGAGCCUCGCCGUCCCUCAGGGUAUCAGCUAUGCGAAGCUUGCCAACAUCCCUCCCAUCAUCGGUCUUUAUUCGAGUUUCGUACCACCUUUCAUAUACGCGGUGUUCGGGAGUUCGAACAACUUGGCCGUGGGGACGGUGGCCGCAUGCUCACUCCUGCUCGCGGAAACGAUCGGAGAAGUCGCUCCUCAGAAAGAUAAUCCGGAUCUGUACCUUCAUCUGAUCUUCACCGCCACUCUCAUCACCGGAAUCUUCCAAUUCGCCCUAGGGUUCCUCAGGUUGGGGAUAUUGGUGGACUUCUUGUCACACUCGACCAUAACGGGGUUCAUGGGAGGAACAGCGAUCAUAAUUCUGCUUCAACAGCUUAAGGGCAUGCUUGGUCUGGUUCACUUCACUCAGCACACCGACGUCGUUCAUGUCCUUCGUGCUGUCUUCGUCAACCAUAACGAGUGGAAGUGGCAAAGUGCCGUCGCAGGGAUAUGCUUUCUUAUUUUUCUCCAGGCCACUCGAUACAUCAGGAAGUUAAAGCCGAAGCUAUUUUGGGUAUCGGCAAUGGCUCCAAUGGUUGUGGUUCUUGUCGGCUGCUUAGUUGCUUUCCUCGUCAAGGGAGAAAAGCAUGGCAUCCUAACUGUGGGACAUUUGAAGAGAGGACUGAACCCUCCUUCAAUCAAUUUGCUGAACUUCGACAGCAAGUACAUAGGAGCCGUUGUGAAAGCCGGCCUUAUCACUGGCCUCAUCGCCUUAGCGGAAGGUAUCGCGAUCGGGAGAAGUUUCGGGCUGAUGAAGAACGAGCAAAUCGACGGGAACAAAGAGAUGAUUGCCUUUGGUCUCAUGAACGUUAUAGGCUCAUUCACGUCUUGCUACUUGACAACAGGACCCUUCUCAAAGACAGCGGUGAACUACAACGCGGGGACAAGAACCCCGAUGUCGAACAUUGUGAUGGGGUUCUGCAUGAUGCUUGUUCUUCUGUUCUUGGCCCCGAUCUUCAGCUACACGCCUCUUGUCGCCCUCUCGGCCAUCAUCAUGUCGGCUAUGCUCGGUCUUAUCGACUAUGAGGAGAUGUACCACCUCUACAAGGUCGAUAAAUUCGAUUUCCUCGUCUGUAUGACCGCCUUUUUAGGCGUUUCGUUCAUCAGCAUGGACUACGGCCUCCUCAUGUCGGUGGCGGUUUCGAUUGUGAGAUCGCUCUUGUACGUUGCUCGACCCGGGACAUGUAAGCUGGGAAGAAUGCCGAACUCGGUGAUGUAUAGGGACGUCGAGCAAUACCCGGCUGCUGAGCAAAACGCCGGGUUCUUGAUUCUCCAAUUGGGUUCUCCGGUCUAUUUCGCCAACUCUACCUACGUCCGCGAAAGGAUCUUGAGGUGGAUCCGGGAUGAGACCGAACCUGUCGAGUUUCUUCUUCUCGAGCUCUCGGGAGUUUCGACCAUCGACAUGACCGGGAUCGAGACUUUGCUGGAAGUCCGAAGAAUUCUCGGAGCAAGAGGCAUUAAGAUGGCAAUAAUAAAUCCAAGAGUGGAAGUGUUGGAGAAGAUGACAUUGUCUCAUUUCGUUGAGAAGCUUGGCAAAGAGCACAUUUUCUUAUCCGUCGAAGACGCCAUCCAAUCAUGCCGAUUCUCUCUUUCGUCCCUUAAACCGGAACCCUAAUUUCCCUUCUUAGCAAUUUAUCUUUUAAAAUCCGGUUUACUUUGGUGGUCGGUUUAUGUGAGGGGUUAAUAAAUGGGGCUUAAAUCAAAUUUAAAAUGGAAAAGAAAAAGAGAAGAAGCUUGAUUAGCUUUUGGUCCAUUGUGAUGAUGGAGGAGGGUUCUGCUCGGAGACGAAAGCUGCUCGUUCAAAUGGAGGGUUUCAAGUGCCUUAAUUAUUUUUUGUUUCUCUCUAAAGCUUUUGGCACUUUUUUCUCUUUUGUAAUAAAUAUUUCCGGUGUAUCUGGAAUUGAGACUCUGAUUCUCCUUUUUUCUAUUGUCGAAUUCCAUGAUCUUGUAUUCCGAAAAGAAUAUAUAAAAACAAAUUCUUUUUUUUUUAA